UACGGCGUGAGGGGGUGCGCGGAUUCUGUCUCUUUCUCCAACCCCGCGAACAGCUUCUCUGUGGCACUGAUUUGCCUUAUUACGACACGGAAACGAUAUGGAUAGACCGUACGAUGCAAGGAGACCUCAGGGUGUGUCAUGGACCGCUAUUACGCCUUCUACGCCAACUUUCAGCCCAUCUAAAUUUACUCCAAACGGUGAACAAAGUACAUGGAAGCCAUCAUUUCAAAGUGCAAGGAAUGACUAUCAGGACAAUGUUAUACAAGGAUCUGUAAAACAAGAUCCUUCAGGAGGUUAUGUGCACACAUUCGGUGCACCCAGAAAAGAAUCUUUUCCACAAUCGAACAACGCACCCGUUCAUCAAACAUUUCAAAAUUCACAGAGCCCUAUGUCUCGUCAAGAGUCUAUUUCGUCUCCAAGAUAUUGUCAAGAAAUUGUUAUACCGACAGGUGAAGCAAACAAUCAGUACAGAUCGCCUGCAAGACAGACUAGUUUCCAAAAUAAUUCCAGUCAAGCUUCACCUGUGAGAUUCUCGCCUCAAGUAUCAGUAUCGGAAACACCUGCUUAUUUUCAACCACACAGGAACAGUGUCAAUGAAACCAAUGGAAACUCUGGGACAUACUACCAACCAAACACGCCAUCCUAUCCGCCAUCGCGCCAAGAUUCUGUGCCUUGGAGACAAAACUCAUAUACAGCUCAGAGACAAGAUUCGAUAAACAGUCAGCCAAAUUCUUGGUCCAGCCCUUCACGACAGGAUUCGUUUCAAAAUUCAAGUCAAGUCUUUUGGAAUCCACCUUCUAAGCAAGAUUCUUUUACACCUUGUGCACCACGACAAGUGUGCUCGCCUCAACCAAACCAGGUUGAUUCAAAUUCGUUUCAACCCAGAUCACAAGAGUCAUGGUCCAGUAGUCCUGUUCGACAAAAUUCUGUGAAUACUUCUCCAAACCGGCAAGAACCUUGGGCACAUCCUUCAGCUCAGCAAGGGUUAUUUCAACCCUCUACAGGAUUAUUUUCACAACAAAAUUCUGUUUCUCCGCCAUCACCUGAAAGCAUAGUGCGAUAUGAGCCAGUAUCUUCAAAUGCUCCAAGUGGAUUUCAAAGACAGUCUUCAGUUCAAUAUCAACCAUCACCAAAACCGUAUUCUCCAACGAAUCACAGUCCAGGAAGGGGGAAACAAAAUGACACAAAUAACACCAAUUCACCAUACACAUACGGUAGCGUUCCUGGACCUUUUUCUCGCCAACAAUCGUCUGCGGGGCCUAAGCCAUGGUCCCCGUCAACACCAGUUGACUCUUUUUCAACUCCCCCGCCAUUUUCUCCAUCGCGUGAAAUGCCUGGUGCCAAUUGGCCUUGUUCCUCAGAUCUACCAUCACCGCCUCCACCACCUUUACCUCAACAAAUGCCUUCACCUGUAGGAAUGGUACCACCACCACCCCCCCUCCUCCACCACCAAUGCAAUCGGCACCCCCACCUGUUGGUGCGGUUCCACCACCACCCCCACCACCGCCACCCCCCUCCUCCUCCCCCAAUGCCAUCGGCCACAGGAAGUCAUGAAUCUGUAAUUCCGGAUUGGAAGAAACAAAUUAAGGCAACGAAGGAAGCAAAAGCUGCAGCCGGUAUCUCAGCCCCGAGUCCAGCGACACCUGGUGGCGGACCUGAAUUGCCAGCCGCACUCGCUGGCAGCAUGAAGAAAGACAAGAAACCCUUUACAUACCUCCCAGGGGGGCUGGAUCUGUCAGAGAUCAGGUCUCCGAAAAUGCAGAGGAGGAUUAUGGCUAACCAGCAACAAGCCCCGCCACCUCCUUCUUGCACGGGUCAACAAGUCCUGUUGCAGCCCCAACUCAACAACCAAUUCGAACGGUUGAACAUUGCUGAUGGACAGCAGAGCGGUGAUAGAAUGGCCGCAGCCGUGGAGCCCCAGCGCCGGCCCUCCUCCGACAACCAAGACCCCAAGACCUAUGGUCAGUCCAGAUCUUUCCGCAUCCUGCAGAUGAUGACCGGCGGCGAUGAUCAAACAGACUCAGUUGCACCGCCGCCAUCCUCAGCUUCUAAUAGACAGGAUGAAGAGAUGCGAUUUACCGGACUUCGACGUCCAGAUAAUCCCAUACCUUCUCGCGCCUUUCAUGCACUACAAAAGAUGACGACUGGAGCUGAAGAAGCCCCAUCCGGCACACCCAUAGAUCCCAGAUGCAACAACGAGACCAGCCAAGACGGAAACGAAGAUGUACCUGUUGAUAUCCGUUACAAGGGUGGAUACAUACCAGGAAGAUCUUUCAAGAUGCUUCAGGAAAUGACAGGCAUGGACGAAAGUGGAAAUCCAACGGGAACCGUUGUACCUUCUGUUCUACAAGAGAAACGCCAACAGAAGAAACCUCCGCCCCACUUGCACCUGAACAUCAACCAACCACCCCCUCCAAAGCAAUUUCCCCAACCCAACGUGCCAGCAUCCCAGCAAUCUUUAGAAGAGGCCCCCAAAAUGUACAGGGGUGGCCGCAUCCCUUCGCAGUCUUUCCGCAUCCUGCAAGCUAUGACUGGAGAAAGCCAAGACUCUCAAGGUGAAGAUGGCACAGACAUGUAGAUAGAAAUCCAGAGCUGCAAAAUAAAAAUUGAACUUCUAGCGCAAAAAUAGAUCUGUUCAUGCUUUUGUACAAUAAUUGCUUGAUCAAGGUUUCAACAAACAAAGUCAAGAGAUUCUUACGUACAGUUCAAAGCUUAUAGAAAUAAGUAUUGCAUUUUUGAUGAAAUAGAGUCUGUAUAGUCUAGUCUGCACGACCAUUGAUUUUGUUUUUUAUUUCAUGUUUAUAGAUAUCUUUUAAAGAAUAUCUCAAACUCAUCUAGAGAAAAACAAUAUGCGAAAAAGACGACUUUAUAAAAGAAGUAUGACAACUGUUUUUAGUAUUUCCAGUCGUUAGUUUUAGAUUUUUUAAAUAAUAUGUAAUAUCUAUGUAUGUUCACCUUUUCGGUAUGUUUGAAAUAUUUUAUCUGCCAGUAAAUUUCACAUAAUGUGUAAGAAAUUUUUUAUAAUGUAGAGCAUAUGAUGUAUUUUCUGAACAAUUGGGCAUUCAUUUAUAUUUUUUAAAAUGAAUUGAAAAUUUUAAUAAAACUUUAAGUAUUUUAAAUAAAUAUAUAAGUGAAACGAAUUUUGAAGAAAUUUUUGUAAAAGUUUCAAUUAUUGAUUUUUCUUUUAAAAUUUUAUCAUGUUCACAAUAAAGAUUGAAAAAUAAAGUUUUUAAAAAGCCAUUGA